AUGUCGCAUGUUUCAUCUGUGGUCGUUGAUGUGCACGAAUCUUCCAAAUGCCAGAAGGUUCGAUGGAACGCAAGGCCCACGUCGGCUCAAGAACAUCCCUCGCAAUCGUACGACACGAGCAGCCGGCGAGCUCCAGAUCCACGCCGAUCACGUGAUGUGGUAGAACCUUGGAGAAGCUUCCCGCGGCUGCUGGCAGCUGCCCGCGCCAACUGGUCAAUGCAUGAACAAACGCGCAACUCCACCAACUGGUCAAUGGCCUUUGCUGGCACCUUCCAGCAACGCUUGGUUGCCAACCUGACAAUGGUUCCUCCCUUGCAACCAACACUCCCUGUCGUGUCACCACUGACAAUUAUUUAA